AUGACUGCCGUUUCUCCAGAGCCAGCUGCCGGUCCAAGCUACGACUCCUACCUGGACACCGUCGAGGGAGAAAUAAAUUUCUUCCGUUCCUUGAUGAGGACAAGGCCGGUGGGCAUUAACUGCCACUUCCAUGUCAUGGCUAUGCGAUUUUCAAUUCACCAAGACUCGGGCCAAUGGGUAUCGAUAGAGGGCAUCUGGACCAAACUGAGGUCACUGUACGACAUAGAUGCUCUUAAUGCUAUAGAUGCCGAGAUAGACGGAUACCAAUCGCCUAAAUCUAACAGCUCAACACCAAUACCCAUUCCGUCUCCAAAACCCGGUGACGAUUUCACGAAUCAUACUUUCUUUAAAGAAGAAUAUUCUCUUCCCUAUGAUGAAUAUAUCGAGAACAUGAUCGCUACGCGUCGCAUGCGUGCCACACCGUCGGUUGCAUCCCCGACGCCUUCUCCUACCGCCCAGAAAAAACCGAAAGGUAAACGAAAAGGAAAGAUGGCCAAGUCACAGGCGAACUAUGCGGGUCUCGUGGGAGGUGAUAGUGAUAGUAGCGCGCUGACACAGGAGAGUGGUGAUGAGGGUGCUCCGACUCCAAGGGAAAGUGUCGUCACCGCAACUGAUGGAGGAACGGAGGAUGUUGAAGACGAGGACGUGGAGAUGCACGAACCGUCUCCAGCUCCGUCUGCGACGACCAAAGGGACGAAGCCAAAAGCCAAAUCUGCAACAGCAGCGGCAAAACGGGCCGCUUCUGCAGCGAGGGCCCGUGCGGCCCAAGCGGCCCAACGCGCAAACAAGGCUAAGAAGAAAAAGUAGCGUAUUUUGCGAAUGAUGCUCUGAGCACGUCUUUCAAUUUUCUCUAUCUAAAUUCUUUCAGGUCGAGAUGGGCUGCAUGACACUCCUUCCACCACUUUUCUGGGAGAAGGAAAGGUAGAUCGUUUUUCCUCUAAUGACAUUACCGUACCACCUUUGAAUAUGUCUGUAUGCCUUUGCCUCCUGCAGUUUGUGUUUAAGGUAUCGCACCUGUUGUGUCCGCAUGAUUC